AUGGAGCUUCCCUCGGGAACUGAACCAUUUCAGCUGGAGCAAGCUUUCUGCAGUCAUGGCUUCUUCAUGAUGCCACCCAACCACUGGAAUCCUCUCUCCAAAACCCUAACUCGUCCACUCCAUAUUCACAACCUUUCUUCUUCUUCUUCCCUCCUCGUUUCCCUUUCCCAGCGCCCCCGAUCUCUCGCUGUUAGGGUUCAUGGCGUUCAUUUCCUCUCUCCUCAACAACAGCGUCACAUCACGGCUCAGGUUUGCAGAAUGCUGCGGUACUCCGAAGCGGAGGAAAAGGCUGUGAGUGAGUUCAGAAGCGUGCACUCUGAUCAUCCAAAUAGAAGCUUCGGUGGACGCGUGUUUAGGUCUCCCACGUUAUUCGAGGACAUGGUUAAGUGCAUUCUCUUCUGCAACUGCCAGUGGCCAAGGACAUUGAGCAUGGCUCAGGCGCUCUGUGAGCUUCAAUAUGAACUGCAAAAUGGAUUGCCCUGUGCUGUUGUAGGGUCAGGCAAUUCAAAAGUUGAGACUGAGGGAUUCGUUCCCAGGACACCAGCUUCUAAAGAGACCCGGAGAAGCAAGGUUUCAAAAAAGAGCAUGCUUCUUAAGAAGAAAUUAGAGUUGGAAGUGGAAGUGCAUGGAAAUUUGCAAAUGGACCACAUGCUUGUUUCAAGUUCAGACCCGACCUUGCUUCCAACAGAUAAUGGCGAUUCAGAGCUGCUUCGAUCAGAUGAUUCAUGUUAUCAGUUCCCGAUGAAGGAGAGUACUUUGACCGUACUGGAAAUUUUCCUUCCGCAGGCUGGCAAACCUUGA